AUGGUUCUCUGCAUCAUUCUGGAGUACAGCAGCUUCUUGCGCUCGACAAAUCGAGGUGAAGCAAAAUCUGAAUCACAAUCUGAUGUUGAUGUCUGGGAAAUCCUGAGGAAAGCUCCUCCUUCUGAAUAUGAGAAAAUUGCUUUUCAGUAUGGUAUCACAGAUUUGCGUGGGAUGCUAAAACGCCUUAAACGCAUAAAGAAGGAAGAGAAAAAAAGUACAGCAUUCCUCAAGAAACUGGAUCCAGCUUACCAAGUGGACAAAGGGCAAAAGAUUAAAUUAAUGGUUGAAGUUGCCAAUCCAGAUGCUGAUGUGAAAUGGCUGAAGAACGGACAGGAGAUCCAAGUGAGCGGCAGCAAGUAUAUUUUUGAGGCUGUUGGGAAUAAAAGAAUACUGACCAUAAACCACUGCUCUCUGGCUGACGAUGCAGCUUACGAAUGUGUGGUAGGGGAGGAGAAGAGCUUCACAGAAUUAUUUGUAAAAGAGCCUCCAAUCCUGAUCACUCACCCACUAGAGGACCAGAUGGUGAUGGUUGGAGAGAGAGUAGAGUUUGAGUGUGAAGUGUCUGAGGAAGGAGCUACUGUGAAAUGGGAAAAGGAUGGAAUUGAGCUAACACGAGAGGAAACAUUCAAAUAUCGAUUCAAGAAAGAUGGAAAAAAGCAGUAUCUAAUUAUUAAUGAGUCAACCAAGGAGGAUAGUGGACAUUACACUGUGAAGACCAAUGGUGGGGUGUCAGUGGCUGAACUAAUUGUACAAGAGAAAAAGCUGGAAGUUUAUCAGAGCAUUGCAGACCUGACAGUGAAGGCACGUGACCAGGCAGUCUUCAAGUGUGAAGUUUCCGAUGAAAAUGUGAAAGGAAUCUGGCUGAAAAACGGAAAAGAGGUGGUCCCAGAUGAAAGGAUAAAGAUCUCCCAUAUUGGCAGAAUCCAUAAGCUAACUAUUGAGGAUGUAACACCAGCUGACGAGGCUGAUUAUUCCUUCAUCCCUCAGGGAUUUGCUUACAACCUUUCUGCCAAGCUACAGUUUUUGGAGGUCAAGAUUGAUUUUGUACCAAGAGAAGAACCUCCCAAAAUCCACCUUGACUGUCUGGGUCAGUCCCCUGACACUAUCGUCGUAGUGGCUGGGAACAAACUGAGACUGGAUGUUCCCAUAUCAGGAGAUCCAACACCCACUGUCAUCUGGCAGAAAGUAAACCAGAAAAGUGACCUUGUUCAGAGCAAUGAGGAUUCCACAACUCCCUCAGAAAACACCAGUGAUAAUAAGCUUCUGUUUGAAUCUGAAGGCAGAGUUCGUGUGGAGAAGCAUGAAGACCACUGUGUCUUCAUCAUUGAAGGAGCAGAGAAGGAGGAUGAAGGAGUAUACAGAGUUAUAGUUAAGAAUCCAGUGGGAGAAGAUAAGGCUGAUAUCACAGUCAAAGUUAUUGAUGUCCCUGACCCUCCAGAAGCUCCCAAGAUCAGCAACAUUGGAGAAGAUUACUGUACCGUGCAGUGGCAACCCCCUAAAUACGACGGCGGGCAACCAGUACUUGGCUAUAUUUUAGAGAGAAAGAAGAAGAAGAGCUAUCGAUGGAUGAGACUGAACUUUGACCUUUUAAAAGAGCUAACCUAUGAAGCCAAGCGGAUGAUUGAAGGAGUAGUUUAUGAGAUGCGGAUUUAUGCUGUGAAUUCUAUUGGCAUGUCCCGGCCAAGCCCUGCCUCACAACCCUUCAUGCCAAUUGCUCCUCCAAGUGAACCAACCCACUUCACAGUGGAAGAUGUUUCUGACAGCACUGUUGCCUUGAAGUGGAGACCCCCUGAGCGAAUUGGAGCUGGGGGAUUAGAUGGUUAUAUUGUAGAAUACUGCAAAGAUGGAU